UGUAGAUUGUUUUGCAUUGGAUGAUGAGACAUAUGGAACAAUCAGUCUAACAUAUAUAACACAUCAGAUAUCAUUUCACGUCAUCUGAAAUGGGAGCACCACUGGCUCCCCCUCCCACCUCCUCUAUGCGUCACAGGGAGAGAGAGAGGCCAAGAAAAAAGUUUGGAGACAAAAGUUGACAUUCAAGAUGCACACUUCACUCAAGAUCAGUCCGGUAUACCAAACUAACACUUAAAUCCAGUAAAUAUUACCAGGAAGCGAGGGGACUUUGUUGACGUGUCUUUUUUUGUGUGAGUGGGUUGUCUCCAUAUGACUCCAUAGGUUAAAAGGUUUUCAUUUCUUGGCAAUGUUUCCCAGCCCCAGCACGUCCACUCCCUUCUCUGUAAAGGAUAUAUUAAACUUAGAGCAGAGUCAUGACGUUAUGGUGUCUUCUCUGGACGUCGUCGUCUCCUCUCGUAUGGACUGCACCGCGCCGACCUCCUCCUCCUCCUCUUCUUCUUCUUCUUCCACCUCUUCCUCUUGCAUGCUGGCCCGCCUGAAGCAGGAGCCUCUCCGGGACAUGACGUCCGCCGCCUCGUCGCUGUUUGGAGAGGACCUCCACCAUGAGUCCAAGGCCGGCAGAGGCAAUGCGCACAGCUUCACCACUGCCUUUUAUGGGAAAUCAGUCAUGGAGAUGGAUAUAGAUAAGGAUGGAAAGAUGGAUAUGUUUGAGGGCAAACGCAGGAAAGGAGAGUUCAGUCCUCCGACCGAACCCGCAGAUGACAUAAAGCCCGAGGACCCGGACCGGCCCAAGCCCCGGAGACGCAGAAAGCCGCGGGUCCUGUUCUCCCAGGCGCAGGUGUACGAGCUGGAGCGGCGCUUCAAGCAGCAGAGGUACCUGUCCGCCCCGGAGAGGGACCACCUGGCAGGGGUGCUCAAACUCACCCCGACCCAGGUCAAGAUCUGGUUCCAGAACAGGAGGUACAAGUGCAAGCGGCAGAGGCAGGACCAGAGCCUGGAGAUGGUGUCUCUGCCGCCGCCCAGGAGGGUGUCGGUGCCGGUGCUGGUGCGGGACGGGAAGCCUUGCCUGGCGGCGGACACGGCCACCUACAACCCGUCCUACAGCAUGGGCCACAUCAACCAUUUUACUUAUAACAACUACCCGGCUUUCAGUAACUACACAAACCCGGGCUGCAACACGAACUAUGCGUGCAACUACCCUGCAGCCACAAUGCAAACUAUGCAGGGGUCCUCCAGCAACGGGAAUUACAUGAACUUUGGGGUCGGGGAACUAAAUAACGUGCAGAACACGUUCCCUCCUGGUAACGGAGUGUCUUCUUUACAUGGUAUUAGGACAUGGUAAAGAAAAAAAAAGAAAGAAAAAAAAAAUAGUCGUGUAAUCUGCAUGCAUUUGUAAAUGUGUCAAGACUUUGCGGAG